UGAAUCAUUUUUCAAGAUGGCGAUACACCUGCUUUAUCCGUAGUAAACAUUUUCAAUUAUAGAACUGUGGAGAAAUACUUUAAAAGAAAUCCUUAUUUCAAUAUCUUUAAUUUCGAAGAACAACGCUAUCCAUAUUAUCUUUCAAACAUGUCGACUGAGGAACUGUCUACCUCGGACAGCGAAGCUGCCUUUGCUGGAGCUGGCGAGCGAUGGGCACCUGUCGGUGCUGUAGCCAGCCCAGAGGAUGAGAACGGUAAAAGGGACUCUGUCGAGCCAACGAGGAAAGGCUCGCAUGCGGCUGGAGAGCCAGAGAUGUUUGAAAGAUUAAAGAAGCUGGAGGAGGAACAAGACCUGCUGAAUUCCUCGCUCCUCGCGCUGACAUCUCAUUUCGCACAGGUGCAGUUUCGCUUGAAACAGAUCGUUCACGCUCAGACUGAUGAAAAGGACAGGAUGUUGGUCGAACUGGAGGAGUUUGCGUUCAAAGGAUGCCCUCACGUUGUGGGAUGCAGGGCACAAGAUUCCAAACAACUUGAAAACGCGGAGGGCCUGACUGAAAGAGAGAAACGGGAGCGUCUCGAGGUCCAGAGGGAGAAGCAGAAGGAGCUCAUUGUCCAGCUGAAAACCCAGCUAGAUGACCUGGAGCGCUUUGCCUACCAGGAGGGCAGCUACGACUCACUGCCCCAGUCUGUGGUCAUGGAGAGACAGAAGGUAAUCAUUGAUGAGUUGAUUAAGAAGCUGGAUGUGAACUUCAACGAGGACAUUGGGAACCUAACGCCCGAGGAGCUGAGACAGAGAGUGGACGCUGCCAUUGCUCAGAUAGUGAACCCAGCCCGGGUGAAGGAGCAGCUGGUGGACCAACUGAAGACCCAAAUCAGGGACCUUGAGAUGUUCAUAAACUUCAUCCAGGAUGAAGUAGGGAACCCUCUUCUGUCUGACGGUGGACCCAACCAGCAGUCAAAGACAGCAGGGCCCAACACCAGAGCACCUGGAGCAAGGAGGAAAAUGGAUCCUGAGCAGGCCCAGAAGAUGAGGGAGACGGGCUUACAGCUGAUCCAGCGGGCCCUGGCCGUCCUGCAGAUCUUCGCGAUGAGCCAGUUCGGCUGCACGGCAGGCCACGUCCCCCAGGGCAUGUGGUCGCAGGGGGACGGGGGGCAGGACUACGGGCCUCUGCUGCAGCGCCUGGAGCUGGCUGUGGACCGGGUCCGAGUGCAGGCCUCCAACAGACAGCCCUCCGUAGAUCACAUGGUCAGUUACAGCAGCAGCUUGCCCCCGGGCCCCCGGGAUGAGCUCACAGCCUCGGUCAGGAGGGAGCUGGCUAUGGCCCUGAGGGACCUGCUAGCCCAUGGCUUGUACUCUCCCUCCCAGGGCAUGAGCCUGGUGCUGGCCCCCAUCUCCUGCCUGUUGCCCUACCGACCCGGCCCAACCACCAUACACCCCUGGGAGCUCUUUGUCAAGUACUACCACUCCAAAAAUGGCAAGGCCUUCGUGGAGUCGCCGGCCCGCCAGCUCUCGCAGUCCUUCAGCCUGCCUGUCGCGGGCGGUCCGGUGACGGUCACACCCAAGCAGUCUCUCCUCUGGGCCAUUCACACAGUGCUGCUGGAGCACGACCGCUACAAGCGCGGUGCCGACUCUGAGUUCAAGGCUCUGGUGUGCAUGGCUCUGAACGAGCAGAGGCUGGUGUCCUGGCUGAACCUGCUGUGCAAGUCAGGGGCGCUGGUCACUCCGCACUACCAGCACUGGAGCUACAUGGCCCAGACAGGCUUUGAGGGAGCCCUGCGCAUCCUGGGACGCAUCAGCCACCUCAGGUUCAACUUACCUGUUGACCUGGCAGUACGGCAGCUGAAGAACAUCAAGGAUGCCUUCUGAGAAGGGACCAGAGAGAGACACCCAACGCCGAGCUUUCGACACACAGGGCUGUGUAAGGGUUAACAACAAUGUAAUACACUGGGAGACUUGGUUUGGGUGUCGCUCUGAGGUCGAACCUGUUAUGGGACAAAAAGUGGUUCGCGCUAAUGUCGCUUUGUCUGUGUCGUUUUUUUAAGGGCAUGUUGGGUCGUUCUACUCCCCCCAACCCCGCGCAAAAAUAUGUUUGCAUCCCGUCUGAAACCUGGCAUGAAUUCCGCGCAAAGCCGUUCAACCGAAAACCGAGUGUGCAAUGGUGAGACGCAUGGAUGAUUUUAUGUAGCAAAUUUGUAACCAAUAUAUCGUUAGGAAUGGUGCAUAUCCAGAUCCUGGUUACUUCUUACUUUGCAUUACAUGAGAGCUCGUUACCACCCAUAAGGAGCAGAGGCUUUAUGUAAUGGUUUCUGCCAUGUCCCUAUGGAGAUCAGAUACAGUAGCUCAUAGCUUUGUCUCGUACAGUUAUUACAUACUGCUGUGGAUGAAUACCCAUUAAAUGGGUAAUUACUCAAUAUAUAUAUAUAUAUGAGUUAAAAUUGACUAGCGUCAUGCAAUGUCACUACACUGUAGACGAGGACCAUUUGUAAUGGUCCACAUGGAAGAGGGUAGUAUUGAUUAAUACAGUUUAUUCACAGAGCUGUGCUCUUUGUCUGUGGUUGCUCCUGGUUCUUUUGUUGCGUACAUAAAAGACUGGUGGACACCUAUUCGAUGCACUCAGGUCAAGCUAAGAUUGUUUGCCCUCCCUCAUGAAUGUACAAGCGAGGUAAACAUUCUAGCGGUGUCACACUUGUUUGGAGAAACGAAUGAUUAGUAGGGCCUAAUGUCGCUCCCAGAUCCUGCAUAACGUGUCUUAAGAAGGUGGGUAAUGUAAAGACCCUGUAUUAACUGCUGCUGCUUUACUGUUUAAAAUAAGUGAUUCUUAGAUAAAAAUAAGAUGGUAUAAAGUAUAUCUCUUCUCUGUAAUUGUAAUAUAUUUAAACGUCCAAUAUUUAAGAUUAUUGUGGGAUGUGAUAAUUUCCUCUCUGAGAAGGUGAAAGAAAACACUUGAACUGAAAUCUUUGUGUCAUCCUAUAGCAUAUGAAUUACUUGGAGCAUAUCUUGAAAAUCUGAAUUUACAAAAAAUAUAGAAUCAGUCAAAUUGUUUGAUAGGUUGUUUUCCUUAGUGACAUGUAUUGGCAUUCCUUGUAUAGUUUUUCCCACCCCCCUUAUAAAUUGUAAUCUGCAGAGUCACUUGUUAAGUGCUAUUUAUUCUCAGACUUUAUUUUCUAUUCUCUCACGGUGUACACUGUUAUUGUACUAAGCUCUAUUUCUAUUCUCAUGUACAGGAAAUUGUAUUCCUUAACCGGACUCCUACCAGACACAAUGUUAGAAUGAUAUGUGCUGUACUGAAGUGCAUCUCGAUGUAUUCAUGUAUGGAAGGACAGUGUUUUCUUUUUUUUUAACAUCAAAAUGUCUUCUUAGGUUUAACUAUUACUGAGGUUUUUGUGUUAAUAUAAAUGCAGCCUGUUCUAAUGGAUAAUUCCUCUUAUCUAGGCCAAAAAUAAUUCAUUGGUUAGUGUAUAUAUAUAUAUAUAUAAGUUAAUUUGAUCUAUAUCAAUAUACACU